UCUCCGAGUUCCACCGCGGACAGACGCGCGCUCGUGGCUUCCCAUCGAUUGGCCAGAGACAGAGAGGCACUUUCAGCUCUGGCUUGGCAUCCGACGAUCCCCGUGUGACAAGGAAGACGCGAGAGUGAGGCUUUUCUGCGCCACAAUGUACAAAUCGAUAAGACGCAUUCCCCAUCCGGUGGUGAGGAACUGCCUCAAGGAUUUGAGGACAUUCUCCACGUCCAAGGAGCCGACCGGGCCCAGCGUGAGAACACAAAUCCCCGGCCCGAGAUCCACAGAAUUGCUCAAGCAACUCAACACGCUUCAGAACGCGGGUUCGGUUCAGCUGUUCGCGAACUAUGACAAAUCCUACAGGAACUACGUGGUGGACGCCGACGAUAACAUCCUGCUGGACGUCUUCACGCAGAUCUCAUCGGUGCCACUGGGAUACAAUCACCCGGACCUGCUCAGUGUCUUCACGAAUGAGCACAAUCUCAAGAGCCUCAUCAAUCGACCGGCUCUGGGAGUCUUUCCUGGCGAUGACUGGCCGCAGAAGCUGCAGUCAGCACUGAUGUCCAUCGCUCCGCCAGGCACCAAUCAAGUCACCACGAUGAUGUGUGGCUCCUGCUCCAACGAGAACGCCUACAAGAACAUCUUCAUCUGGUACAGGAAGACGCAGCGCGGCGAGGAGAUGGAAUUCACGCCGCAAGAGAUGGAAUCGUGCAUGAUCAACCAGAUGCCAGGAUCGCCAAAGCUCAGCAUUUUGUCCUUCGUCGGUGCAUUCCACGGACGCACUCUGGGCGUUCUGUCCACCACGCACUCCAAGUACAUCCACAAGAUCGACGUGCCGGCGUUUGACUGGCCAGUGGCUCCCUUUCCCCACUAUCGCUACCCCUUGGCGGACUUCGUCAGGGAGAACCAGGCGGAGGACGAGAGGUGUCUGGCGCAGGUGGAGGAUCUGAUGAGCCAGUGGGCGAAGAAGGGCAAUCCCGUGGCGGGAAUCGUGGUGGAGCCUAUCCAGAGCGAGGGUGGAGACAAUGAGGCGUCGCCUGAGUUCUUCAGGAACCUCCAGAAGCUGGCCAAAAGCAAUGGAGCGGCUCUCCUGAUUGACGAGGUCCAGACUGGCGGCGGUCCGACGGGAAAAAUGUGGUGCCACGAGUAUUUCGAUCUGCCCUCGCCUCCGGACAUUGUUACGUUCAGCAAGAAGAUGCAAUUGGGCGGGUACUUCCACGGGGAGCACAUGACACCGCCUCAGGCGUACAGGGUCUUCAACACGUGGAUGGGUGAUCCGGGAAAAGUGCUCCUCCUGGAGCAAGUGGCCAACGUAAUCCGACGCGAUGGCCUUCUGCAGCAGGUGCAGCGCGUGGGGGCGCACUUGAAGAGUGGCCUGGCGGAAAUUGAGUCGGAGUUCCCACACCUUCUGAACUCCCUUCGUGGCCGCGGAACCUUCCUGGCCAUCAAUUGUCGCAACACGAAGCUGCGCGAUGAUGUGCUGCACAAGCUGAAGCAGAGAGGAGUGAUUACAGGUGGAUGCGGAGAUGUGGCCAUUCGUCUCCGACCGGCGCUGGUGUUCGAGGAGAAGCAUGCCAAUCUCUUCCUGGACCAAUUUCGCGCUGUCAUGAAAGAGGCAAAGUAAAAUGCUCUGAUGAAUUGUGUGCUCUUAUUUGUCUUCCAGUAGCGCAAUAUCCUUUGUUUAGCGUCUUCCACGGCUCAUGCAAUGCACCUGCACCAGCCACACAAUAAAAGACACAAUUUUAGAAUA